AAUUUUAAAUAAACAAUAAAAAAAAUGCAUUGCAAAUGCCUUUAAACGCACUGCAAACACACUAAAAGGCAUAUAAAUGCAGAUGCAGAAAUGCACAGUGUACACAGAGAUUGUGGUGUAAACAAGCCCUAAACCAGGAAACAAACAGUUAAAAAAAAAAAAACUCCAGGCUCCGCCCACCUAAGUAAAUGCUAGUGUUCUGAAAAAAGAAAAGAAUCUUCUGGAUCUCCUCUGUGACAUCACAAAGGAGAAAACGGUCCAUAGCUAAGCCCCGCCCACAGUGCCUUUAUAUUCCAACCGCCUGGAGCUCAGCCUCAGAUAACACAGGGAGUUUGAGGAGAGAGGAUGUGUUGUUCUUUGUCUCUGACAAAACUAGCGAAAAUGAACAAGUUAUUGUUAUUAUUUCUUAUUGUGUUGGCCAUGCCAAUUGCAAUGAUCAACGGAGCGCCAAUCCCAUCAAAAGAUCCGAAUGAACGUGAUGAAUAUGCUGACCAGCCGUUAGGCCUGGAGCUAUUUCAACCUAUGGCGUUUGAGCACACAACUGAAGAUACGAAGGUAGAUGAAAUGUAUCAAUCUGCGGAUUUCAAGCUUGCAGGUGAAGAAACAAAGGCAGAUGUGACGUCUCAGCGCCCAGACACCCAGGAUACAGAUCCGAAUGAACGUGAUGAAUAUGCUGACCAGCCGUUAGGCCUGGAGCUAUUUCAACCUAUGGCGUUUCAGCUAACAGUUGAAGAUCUCAAAGCUGAUGAGAAGAAUUUACCUGCAGAGUCCAACCUCGCACCCGAGGAACACAAAGGGGACGUGCUAUUUGCACCUGAGGAGCACAGAGUGGACGUGCUAUUUGCACCCGUGGAGCACAGAGCAGACGUGCUAUUUGCACCCGUGGAGCACAGAGCAGACGUGCUAUUUGCACCUGAGGAACACACAGGGGACGUGCAAUAUGCACCUAAAGAGUCCGAGCUUGCACCCGAGGAGCACAAAGCGGACGAGUCAUAUGCACCUGAAAAGUCUGAGUUCACAGGUGGAUGGUGGAUUGCAGUUAAGGAGGAUUUAGCUACAGGGUCCAAGCUGUCAGCUGAAGAUACCAAAUCGGAUGAUACAAGUGUACCUGCGGAGUCACUGCUCACAACUGAAGAUACGAAGGUAUAUGAAAUGUAUCAACCUGCGGAGUCCAAGCUUGCAGGUGAAGAAACAAAGGCAGAUGUGACGUCUCAGCGCCCAGACACCCAGGAUACAGGACUAGGUCAUGAGGAUACUGAUUAUCAGUAUGUUCCAGCCCUGGGAAAGGACUAUGAAUAUUUGGCCAUUUUGCCAGGUGGUCAGAGGAUGCUGGAUGAACCCGAAGGCCAAGAUUCCUCAGAAGAUGUCCGGGCUUGGUAUCACAUCAAGGUGCAAGAAGUCCCUAUUUGGCUCCUGGCUAUCAUGACGGUGAUACUCAGUGGAUUUAUUUUCAUGUUGGUCGUCAUCUGCAUCUGCGUAGCAAAGAAUCAGUGGAAACAAAGAUCAAGAUUGAAUGAAAUAGAGCAACUGAUAAGUGUCGUCGUUAGAAAAAACAAUAGAUUGACCAAGGAAAGGAAGUUAUAUACCACUCCAACAAAUGAGGAAAUGGAACGAUGUCUCGACGACGUGAUGCUGGAAAUGGAAAAUGAAGGGAGUAUUCGCCCCGUUUAGAACACAACAAUUGGUGCUUCCAGCUAUAACCUGCGGCGCUGAUCAAGUGGGGAAAAACCGAUGGGGUGGUUGUACAACAGUCCGGGCCAGGACAAGGGGUGGGCAGAAGGAGAAGCUGCCCUGGGCAC